AUGGCAUUCCGCCGUUUUCAGUUGUUAGAAAAGCGGAUGCGCAAAGACCCGAUGCUGGGCCAAGCCCUAGAUGAGAUGAUGAAAGAUUACCUGGCUAAAGGAUACAUCCGAAGGCUCGCAACAGGAGAAGAAGCAGACCUAUUGACACACCGAACCUGGUAUUUGCCCGUAUUUCCCGUUUUCAACCCGAACAAGCCGGGAAAAGUGCGAAUCGUGUUUGAUGCAGCAGCCACUAUCUUUGGAAUAUCCCUGAAUUCCGCGCUCCUAAAAGGCCCGGAUCAACUGUGCGCACUUUUCUCCAUUCUUCUACAAUUUCGGGAACAUCGUAUCGGUUUAUGCGGCGAUAUCCGGGAAAUGUUCCACCAGGUGCGAAUACGGGAACAGGACCGACCGUGUCAAAGAUUUUUUUGGAGAGAUGAAGACGGAGAAAUAGCUACGUUCGAGAUGUGUGUCAUGACAUUUGGCGCUUGCUGUUCACCGAGCAGCGCACUGUAUGUAAAAAACCGUAACGCGGAAAGGUUCAUCGGCAGCCAUCCUGGAGCGGUGGACAUCAUCAUCAAACGGCAUUACGUAGACGAUAUGUUGAUAAGCGUGGAGUCGGAAGCAGAAGCCAUUCAGUUAGCAGAAGAUGUUAAAUUCGUACAUUCAAAAGGCGGUUUUGAAAUCCGCAACUGGGUAAGCAACGCCCCUGUUGUGCUAUCGGCUUUGGGAGAAGGUGAUAUUAAAACGAAAAACCUAGACCUGUCUGCAGAAGCUUCAACGGAGAAAGUUCUAGGCAUGUGGUGGUGUGCGGAAACCGAUAAGUUCACCUUUAAAGUAGGCUGGACGCGUUACGAUGAAGCACUGUUAUCUGGAGAGCGUAGACCGACAAAACGAGAGAUACUGCGUGUGCUAAUGUCUAUCUUCGAUCCCCUCGGAUUAAUCGCACACUUUCUCAUUUUCUUGAAGAUACUUCUACAAGAGGUCUGGCGUUCUGGUGUUCAAUGGGAUGACGAAAUCGGUGAUCUUCUGUUUGUGAAAUGGCAAACUUGGCUACGCGUGUUACCUGAGGUUGAAAAUGUUCAAAUACCACGAUGCUACUGUAGUCAGAUGAUCCAUGGAGAACAAAUAGAGCUACAUACGUUUGUCGACGCCAGCGAAAACGGCUUUGCAGCCGUAUCGUUCCUGCGCUUCUGUGACGGCGCGCAAGUGAGAUGCCUUCUUGUUGCAGCGAAAACACGCGUCGCACCGCUGAAGUUUUUAUCUAUCCCUCGACUUGAGCUGCAAGCUGCUAUUAUUGGUGCACGAUUGGCGCAGACUAUAAUCGACUCUUUGUCCAUUCGAAUCACGAGACGUCUAUUUUGGACCGACUCUCGGGAUGUGUUGUGUUGGAUCAAUUCAGACCACCGACGAUUCACACAGUUUGUUGCACAUCGAGUCAGCGAGCUUCUAGACUCCACCGAACCAUGCGAAUGGCGCUGGGUUCCAACAAAGGAAAACGUAGCGGAUGACGCCACAAAGUGGCAGACAAGGCCAGAUCUAUGCUCUAACAGCAGGUGGUUCAAUGGCCCGAUAUUUCUUGAACGGACUGAAUCCGACUGGCCACAACAAAUAGCCUCAAGUAAAUCAACGCCGGAAGAGCUCCGAUCCCAUCUGAUUGCACAUAUCUCGACGCCGUCUCCAUCGUUACGCUAUGAGGAUUACUCCAAUUGGAAAAGAUUAGUCGUUGUAGUCCUCUGCACAUGGAAGAGCUACAAAACGCAGAGCAAAGUAUUAUACGAGAAACUCAACAGCAAAAAGUAUCCGCAGGAAAUUGCCGCUAUAGAACAACACAAGCGUGUAGCAAGAAGCAGCCCAAUUUUCAAAUCAACGCCGUUUUUAGACGGCAACAAAGUUCUACGGAUGCGCGGCCGGACGUCGAACUGUGUUUUCAUCAGCGAAGAAGCGAAAAACCCGAUAAUUCUUCCCCGUGACCACCACGUUACCACAUUGAUCAUAUCCCACUAUCACACUAAAUACCACCACCUCAACCAAGAAACCGUAGUAAACGAAUUACGUCAGAAGUACUCCAUCCCACGAGUUCGCGUUUGCUGUGCCAACGUUAGGAGAAACUGCCAACGUUGCAAAAAUGAGCGAGCCACGCCCUCGCCUCCAAUAAUGGCGGAUCUGCCUGGUGCAAGGUUAGCGGCAUUCUGUAGACCAUUCACUCAUGUGGGGAUUGAUUACUUUGGACCAAUGGAAGUAGCUGUCGGACGCAGAGUUGAGAAACGAUGGGGAAUGUUGGCCACUUGUAUGGCCACUAGAGCAGUACACAUUGAAGUAGCUCACUCGCUCAACACGCAAUCCUGUGUGAUGGUCAUACGCAACCUAAUUGCUCGACGUGGUUUACCGCGGUACAUUUAUUGCGAUCGUGGUACCAAUUUCGCAGGGGCUAACGGAGAAUUAAAGCGUGCUAUGGAAGAACUAGAUGAUGAAGCUCUUAUGAACGAAUUCACCAGCACCGAGACUACUUGGUCGUUUAAUCCGCCUUUGGCUCCACACAUGGGUGGGAGCUGGGAGCGUUUAAUUCGUAGCGUGAAGAAUUCGUUGAGGUCAUUGAAACUACCGCAUCGACCAUCAGACGAAGUUUUGCGCAAUGCCUUGAUCAAAAUUGAGAAUACGCUGAACUCCAGGCCACUUACGCACAUUCCCACAUUCAGCUCCAGCUUUAACCCCUAA